UUAUAUUAACGUUUUGAUUAAUAUUUUAUUAACUUCAUAUCUUGUUACUAACAUGGACUAAACGUAGAAUUGGGAAAUCAUACUAUUCCAGGUUAUUACCUCACAGUAUGUUGCUGUAAUAAUAAAAGAAUAAUAAGUGCGAAAACUAACCUUCAAAGAAAUGCAUAAUCAUGGAGAAUGGUUCCACAACAAAUCCUUGUUUGCUGAAGUUUCCGGUUACACUGAAGUUUUACUCGCCUUGCUACAAAAUGCAUUUGAUAGAAGGGAGAGCAUCAGAUCGCCUAAGCACUCAAGUGAUCUUUCACGUCCGACUUCGGCUGGAAAGUCGACAAAAAACAAAAAAGAUGUUCCUCCGAUAUCAUUGGCUAUGCAAUUAGUAUCUGCUACAGCAGCUUUUUACCAAGAAUGUAAAAUCACAGAUGACCAGCAGAGAUAUUAUAAUGAAGAAAAUGAUCGAAUUGUUGGAAAGAUUCCACAUGAUGCAACACAUUUUGACAACGAGUUACUUGGACAUGUUAGAACUUUGAUUAUACGAGCGAUUAUUUCUGUAUGUUCGGCAGCAUUGGAAGAAGAGUCAAAUAUAGAGGAACUCAGCCAAGGUCACAUUGUUCAAUCAGUAAUACAAUCAUCGAAAAGUCUUCUUCAAACUGGAGGUUUUGCUGCACUGGACGAUCAGUCAUCAGUUACAAAUGGACAUGACAAGUCAACUCCACAAGUUGAAAUAUCUGCUUCUACUGAUAGAAUCUCAGACAUGUUGUUGUCAGAAAUAAAUGAAAUUGUUUACAAGACUCUCAAAAAAUUAAUGCAUAUCAUUUCAAACUCUGUGAAUCCUGUUACUAAAAAUUCAAGUCAGAUUACUGACGUUGUUUCCUUGCUGCAAGAAUUCGACAGAUGUGGGGGAUAUGAUGUUUUAGAACAAGUUUUUUGCAAGAUUGCUGGAAAGUUGACUCCAAAUCAUCAUGGUGCGGAAGGCAGACCUGUGUCACCAUUAGUUGCUAAAUCUCCAAAGAACUACGAAUUACAGCCAUCACCAUUGGGAAGUGCUAAUGAACUUGUUACUGGUUCUGUGAGGCAUAGGCAUCCAUCAUCCACACAAUCAAAACUAGAACUAAAAUUACGAUCAUUGUUGAAAACAUUCGAGGAAAUGUUUAGAGUCACAAAACGCUCUAAAACUGAAUACAUUCACAAAGUUACUUGCCAGAAAAGAUCACAUCGACAUUGCGACUUAUCGCUCACUCUCCAUCAGCAUCAUGAUAUUAUGGGACUGGGUGUAUCAAAAUAUGCAAACUCAACAAAAUCGAUUGAAAAAGUUCAAAACAAAUCACGAUGGAGUGUUCACGGGCCGUCGUGGGGAUCUGAGUCACCUAAAAAAUCUAAAAAGAAGCAUAAAACGAGAUCUCAAAAAGAUGAGCCUCCACCUUUAUGUACUGUGGCACGAGCAAUCUCAUUUCUGUUGGAUCGACUAUACCCCAAUCAUAAGUCUUGUACUAAAAUUAUCUUGACAAGUGUGGAUAUCGGAACAUGCCAUUGUGCUAAACCAAGUACAAUAUUAGUGCCUUUGCUUUCUUCGAUUUCCAACUUUCCUCCAAAUGUUCAUGAUGUGAUAUUGGCAACUGUGGGAAGAAUAAUUCUUCAGCGAAUGAAUACAAUCUCUGGGAAAGAGAAAUCUGCUAGAAAAGAAGAAAAACUAGUUACACUGGAGCUACCACUGACAUUAUCAACUGUGAAAAAUAUUGAACCAGACAAUGAUGAUGUGACAAAGAUUCAACGAAUUAAUCCAUUCAAUUUGCCAGAUUCACCGAAGCAUAAAAGUUUCAACAGUCCGUCAAAGUAUCCUGUGAUACCGAAUUCUUUGCAAUAUGAAAGAGUACUGAAUGAAUAUGAAGAUUUUACUUGGCUGUGUCUCGCUACAUACAGAGACUUGAUUUUACCACAGAAUGAUUUACCUGGAGAAAAUUCUGGGCAAAUGUCUUCACAAGAAAAGCGGAUUUCUCUUUCUAUAAAAGUAGCAUCUCAUCUGUCCACGAUAUCACAGCAUUUUGAUCUCGAUCCAUUGCUCAAUCUUAUAACAACGGUCAUUCUUCCUGUGUUACGAGCUUCAACAGGACUAAGUCCUAGAGGUUCUCAAUCAAGUCCUACGAGAGGAAGGAAACAUCGGGAAAACUAUCUUGAAAAUCGAAGUUCCGACUCGCCUAGGAAAAGAUUGCAUCAUAAAUCUUCUAUCCAUCCACAGAUUAUUAUUCAUUGUCUGGAGAUCCUGAAAUAUCAUUUUGGUCGUAGUUCUGACGUUCGGAAAAUGUUUAUUCGUCAUUCAGGAAUCAGGCCUCUGACAGCUCUUUUAUCAAGACGACAAAAUAUCAGUAUUUCUGUUCAACAGGAAGCAAGACAUGAUUUAUUACUGAAUGUUAUAUCAAAAGAAGCAUCUUCCGCAUUGACAUUUCUAUUGAGUAAUGCUACAUCGCUGUCACCGGAUGCAAGAAUCCUUUAUCUACAUGAGAAUCUUGAUGAGGAUGUAAAAUCUCCUAGAGAAUCUCCCAGGAUGAAAAGAAAGAAUAAUCCUGAAAAUGAAGAUUCUGGAAUGCUUCAAAGCAUUAUGAGAGGAUUCUCACCACUGAGAAGCAUUUCUCCUAAACAGAAACGUAGGUUGUCUCCUUUUCGCUCUAAGAAUCCCUCAAAUGAAGAUGCUGGAGGAAGAUGUUAUUUUUCUUGGAUGGAACAGAAUAUUGAUGAAGUUGUAGUCCUCCACUCUGACAUCCAUUACUUUUUAUCACAUAUUCUUCAAGAGUUUUCCGAACUGACAUCUGAGGACGAUGAUCUCUCAGAAGGAAAUUCAGAGUCUGAAGACACCACUCCUGGUUUGAUCGCUGCUCCAGCAGGAUCAUCAGACACAACUGGAUACCAGAGUAGAGAUUCUAGCUUACCAUUCAAUAAACCUACUCUAGAAAAUGAUGCAUCCUCAUCAGAUGAUGAUGACAGUGUCCUAAAUAUUGAUUUCGACGGAAUAAUUCUUCCAGUCGAUGAUUCAAACAGAAUGCAAAUCAUUUGCGAUUAUUCCGCUCUUUUAUCAUCUGUUUUACAAGACAACAUGGAAGCUAGAAAUGCUUUUAUGAAGUUAGAUGGACCAGAGAUGACUUUGCGUCUUCUUACUCUCGUUACCACAUCUUUAAUCCCCACGAACGCUAGGUUAGAUUUUACGACAGGAUCGAGUGAAACUUCAUCAAUUAAAUCGUUUCUUCAAUCUGUAGAAGAACAGUCAAAAUCUAAAGUUCUCUCUACACCGACUACUUUACAAACAAACUUGCAAUCUUACGACUCAGAAAAAUUAGUAUCAUCUGAAUAUAAAGAUGUAACACCCAAACAAGAAUCUUCUAAGUCGAGUGGUGAUAAGGAAGUUAGUUUUAUGCAAGAUUUAGUUCAUGAUAAAGUCUCUGAUGAUGAUACUACACGUAGCAUGGCUAUGAAAUUUCAACUUCUCUCCUAUACAUUAAGCAUAUCACUUCUAUCUUUUCAGAAUGACAUCACAAGUGAUGAUAUUAUCAGUACGUUGAAACCGCUAAUACAACAAAGUCGAUUGACUGCAACAAAAUAUUGUCAUAGCUUGUGUAAAUCAUUAUUUGAAGCUUUAGUAGAAACUGAACAACCAAAUUUGGAAUAUACCAGUAUCAAUUCCACAAUGUCAUCCUUGAAACAGCAAAUGUUAUCGCCACGAAAGUCGACUCCUUCACCCGGAAAUUUACAGAAAGAAAAUUCUCUCUUAUUUUUUCCCGCUGAUUUUUCUUCUACCGGAAGAUUCUCUUCUCCAGGAGGAAGAGAUUCUCUUGAAUCUGUAGAUUUGAAUUUGUCAGAAGCAGAUGAUUCUUCCUCUGUUUAUGACAUGAUGUUGAAUAUUGAUCGAGCUCUCGGAUCAGAUGAAGAGAGUUCGAACACGGAUGGUUACCAAGGCGACUCAGAGUCUGAUAAACCUGAAAUUCCAUUCACUCCUUUGAGUGGCAGAGGCGCAACAUCAACUCCGGAUCAAGAGGUCUUAGUUAACAGAGGAAAGAUAGUCAAUCCUAAACUAACUUGUCUUAUGGUGCAGUUACUCGGCGAUGCUGGUGAUUCAAUAGCAAAGGCUUCGGAGCGCCAACAAACAUUAUCUGCUCAGACCAGCAUAAUAACUCACGCAGAACACACUGACAACAUUCGAGCAGUUCUGCAUACGAUCACUUCAUUGCUAAAAUAUUCAAGAGAAAAUUUAGAUAAAAUGUUAUCUGGUUGUGACUUUCCACUGGCAUGUUUAGAAUCUUUUAAAGGCAUUCUACAAUUUAACAAUGAAGAAGAAAAAGAUAUUCGAAAGAUGAUUCUGGAAUUAUGUUUAACAUUGAAUAAUCAUCGAAUGUCGGCAAAACAUCUCAGACUUAUUUUAUCUUUUUUCAACUCUGCAAAUCCACCUAUGGAACAACUUCUUCAAUAUCUCUUGCUUUUAAUUCAACAUCAACAUCCGGGACCGAGUCAGUAUUUACAAUUUCCUGUCAACGACGAACUGAACACUCAGUCUAACCAUCGAUAUAGUGUUACGGAAGCGACGAAAAAGUCUGAUGAACCGUUCACUUUGUCAGUAUGGAAAGUUGCACCUCUGAGACUGCCUAUUGUCUCCAGUAUUCAUUGGCCAGCAUCCAACAUCGGGAUUACAAUUUCAUUAUGGAUCAAGUUAGGUUUGUCUCGAGAAAGCAGAGAAAAAUCACCAGUUAUGGAGAGUUGGGAAUCUGACCAAGUUGUAGUUGUUGACAUUGACCACACAAUGAGAAAAAAUUAUAGUAGUCAUGACGACCCAUCUGUUGUUGCUCCAUAUCAUCAUCUUGUGUCAGUUGGAACUCGGCACAAAACACUACAAGUGUGGCUGGAAAAUGGAACUCUAAUAUUCAAAGUUUGUAUUGACUCUGAUGAUUCCAAGCCUAUUGGUGUGCUGACUCAAACCCAAUGUAACGGAUUGCUUCUCACUAAUAGUGAAUGGCAGCACUUGACGCUCAAUUAUACUGAGAAUAGAUUGCCUGAUAAGACGAUUCUGGGAAAAGUUCAUGCAAUAGUGAAUUGUACAACAGAGAGGGAUAUUAUACUGGAACACAAUAUGCCAAAACAAUCUGCCAGAAGAGAAAGUAUUAACAGAAAGACGGGAAUGGCUGAACCUAGGAAAGUCAGCUUAUUUCUUGGACAUUACUCCAGGUCUUCAAAAGCCAAUACCUAUACUGAAGAAAUGUCUGGUUAUAAGUUGGGCACAGUAAUGCUUUUUGAAGGAAUAUAUUUUACACUGAAAUCAGCUUUUGCUAUCUUUCGACGUGGUCCUAAUAUCAAUAACCUGACAGACUGUUUAGUUUCUGAUACUGAUUUUAAGAAGGAGAAGAAAUCCUCUGCAUCUGUUUCAUCAAGAAUUCGUUUAUCAAGAUCCCCAUCUCAUAUCGUCACCCCGGUUUCAUCUCCUUUCUCACCCACCCCAGGUCUUGAAUCCGCUAACAACCCCCAUUUUUAUCUUUUACCCCAUUCUCUUCUCCUAUCUGAUGUUGUCACAGAAGAUUUUUUCAGCUUGGAAAAUAUGCCAAGCGUUAAAAACCUGCAGGAACACCUGGUCCUCACAUACAGUCCAACUGAUGUCGGAAUAUAUUUAUCGAAUUCGUCCAAUGUUGCGUCAACAGAACCAGAUCGCCGUAGUCGUUCUUUCUCUCUUUUUUCUACUUCGCCUUCUACAAAUGUGACAACAGUACCAUCAGAAAAUUUUGAUCCAUUAAUUCAACAGUUUAUGAAAAUGCCAGUCAAGAAAUUGGUGAAGUUCAGAUCGCAAUGGAAUCGUGGUUUACAUAAAGCUCUUAAUCAGGUCGGUGGAAUUCAAGUGUUUCUCUUACUUUGUGCAAAAGUAGUUGAAGUGACAUCGUCAACAAUAAGAGAUCCAUCAAGCUUAGAAGAAAGAAGAGAAGCAGAAAAAAUCCAAUGUCUUGCUUUACAAUCUCUUUUGAAAUUACGUUCAACAGAUUCGAAACGUCAACAAGAAUUUACAUCACUCAAUGUGGCUGCUAUGCUUCAUAAGCUUUUAACCAAAUCGGAAUGCAUUGUCGGAUUUCGUACUCUUCAAAUUAUAUUCAAUGCAUCAUGUUCUGGAGAUGAAGUUAUUGUCUGUUAUAAUUCAGAGAACAAUGAUGAAAAAGGAGAUUUUUAUGAGGUCAACUUUGAAAACUCUGCUUUAAUUCACGACCAAGAAUUGUUACAAUUUCUUCUCACUGAUUGGAAAAUUUGGUAUAAGUCUGUUGACUUGAUCAAUUCGGAAGAUUCAGAUGAUUUGUUCCCAGUUUGGUCAAUGUUGCUUCAAGCAAUAUUGAGUUUAGUAAGAGUCGAACAUCCUCAUCAGUGGUUCAACUCAAAAGCUCUUCUGAGAGCAGGAAUUGUUCACAGGAUACUCACAGGUCUCCAACAAAUGAUUGCAGAUGGUGUUGAUCCGUUUCCUGGACAAAGCGUAACAUCACACAUGAUAGAAUUAUUACGAGCUGUUAUUGGAUCUCCCCCAAGCAUUAAUAUUUUAUCAAAAAUAUGUGAUUUUUUAGUAGCCACUCAUCCUCCGGCUAGUACAUUUGUAUGUCACACAACUUCCAGUUUUUAUUUCAACUUGAAGACGUCAGAAAAUAAUAAAGAUUUGGGACAAAUUACUCAGUCAUUACCUCAUUCUCCAACAUCCGAUGAUCCAAACGCUAUGCGUCCUCUACUAAAUCGAUCUGUUAGUGCACCUGCAAAAUCUCUCUCACCGAAGCGUAAAGUUGAAACACUAUUAUCCACUGCUAGUAAAGCAAUUGCUGAAGCAGUGAUAACGGAAGAAAAGGAACAUCAUACUGAUGGAUUGAAGGAAGAUAGCUUGAAUAAUAGCUCAGUUGGAAAUGAUACUAGAAAAAUUAAAGCAUUGUCAAUUAUAGAAGAAGGAAAUUCAUCUGGCAGUGGGAAUUCAUCAAGAAACACUACGCCAUCACGUUUGAAGAGCAUUGCAAGUUCACGUAGUACUUUUACCUUGUCCACUCGGGCUGAUGGAGGGAAUGACAGUUCAUGGGAAGAAGUUCCACACAAUGUGAAUCCAGUCCUAACUAGUCCAAAAGAAGAUCGGAAAGCAAAAACCUCAUCUGGUGGAAAGGAUGAAAAAAAUGAUGAGGAAAUUCGUUUCGUAAUGCAGAAAGAGAUUUCAGGGCCAAGUAGUAAAUAUUCUUCAAUGAAAAGUGUGAAUCCACUCGAUAUCGACGAUAACAAUGAAUUAUGUUACGUAACCUGCGAAUUACUGAACCUUCUGCGCUUAGCUGUGAUGACUAUGCCAGAUAUUGAUGCUUUUGAAUUGACUGCUGGACCACUAUGUGCCAAGGCUCUUGUCGUCGGUGUACACCACAAAUCUAGUGAUGUUAGGGCAUCAACGCUCCGAAUGCUGGCGGUUUACUUCUCAAAGUGCAGCCCAAAGGCGCAAGAAGAAUUCCUAAAAGAAAAAGGUUUUCAUCUGGUGGCCAACCAACUGCAUCAACAUCCAGCUACUCGGCCUCUACUGGAUGCGUGUCUUUAUUUUCUUUUGGGUCAUCCCAUAUCUUCUGCAGAAGUUUUACCGUUAGAUGGAACUGCCCCUGACCCCGCUGUUAUGCCGACACCAGCUCCGGACCCAUUUACUAAUCAUGCAGCAGUUCUUCUGUUAGCGGUUCUCGGAAAUACCGUUCAUGAUUACGAUCUAUGCAGGGAUGUCGUUACUCGCUUGCAAGAACUAUUUGAAUGCAUGGGCCCAAUAGCUGAUGUUAUGUUGGACAACGGACUCACUUUGGCUUUAUGUAACCUUAUUACAACUGUAUUGAGUUCUUCAUGCACUUUGGAAGAAUAUGAAAAAGAAGGUAUUAUUGAAGAAGUUGAACAUUUUAUGACAUGCAUCGCUGUGAAGGCUUGUGUUACAGCUGGUGCAGCGCAUUUCCAGGUUUUCGAAGAUCUUUUCACUCUUCUUGACGUGAUAGAAAAUGAUCAGUAUAAAAACAAUGGAGAAUCGAUGUCUCGUAAUAUUGCCAGAAUACAAUCGCUUAGCUAUCACAUCAUAACAAUGGUGCUCGAAUUGAUGCAAAAAAGUGCUGGCGGAAAAAGUCCAAUGGUUCCUCGCAAAUUUGAUUCUGUUUCAAGAAGUGGUCCUAACAGCUUACAUACUACAAGUUCUAUGCAAUCGUCAAGAAGAUCAUCAAAUGCAGGCAGUCAUAUAAGUGGCGAAAAUAACCAAGACGAAAACACGUUUGCGUCGCUGGAUUCUGAACAAUCUGUAGAUCGAAAAGACAAUACAAGUCAUGAUGCGGAUGUUUUUGAUCGUAGAAGUUCGCUUAUGACAUCAUCGAUGUAUCAUCAUCACCUUAAAUCAAAAUCACAUAAAAGAUCACAUUCGAUAACACAUAGUUUGUCAUCGAGUGAAUCAAAUGUCCUCUUCCGAUCUACUCAUGGUGGCGGUCUGCGCACUCGAUCAUUCAAGGGUAGUCAAAGACGUAGAAUAAACGAGGCUGAAACUGCAAGAAGAUUUCAACGUGUUAUCAUGAUUGCAGUCGACAAAAUUGUUUACAAUGAAGCCAAGGUCUAUGAUGCGAACAGUGACAAAGACACAACAUUUGCAACAGGAAUAUCUCCAUCCUCCAGCAUCAAUAAAUCUCACCAAAAAUAUCAAGAUAAUGAUGUUUUUAGCGGAGACCGAAAAGAGGAUUUCAGCCAUCACUUAUUUCAUAAUCUGAUUGAAUGGUUAUCGAACGUUUUAACUGGAGGUCCCAGACCAGCAGUCUCUAGAAAUCGUCCAUCAUCAAAAUACUCUACAUCUUCCUCUUUAGCUCCAUCAACAAUAUCUCAAGGCUGGGAAAGGAUUCUUAUGAUUUCUAGGGAAAGUCUGUUGGAUCAGACAAUACGCUUGUUUGUACAUCUUAUGUCACCAUGGCAACUUGAUCUGAGAGUUCGAACAUUACCUCUCUCAAUUGCACAAAGACAAAAUGCCGAGCGUUUGUUGACGACGCUCUUUCCUAAAGACUCGAAAAACAGCAAGAAGGUCAGUGUAUAUCUUCAUUACUUACUCUGCUAUUACAAACAACAAAUGACAUCGCAAGAACGUAAAGACACAAAGAUAUUUUGUCGACUAUUUCACAAAUGCGGCCACACUGUGUAUCCACUUCUACAAAAUACGAAUGGUGUAGGAAACAAAUCAAGAAGUUUAAGUUCCUCAGUUGUUGAGAAAGAAAAAACGACAGAAAAUACUCAAACAUUUAUUGUCGAAAACAUUGAAAAAUCACAAGCACUCUUUGACAGCGAAAGGCAGAGGGAUAUAAAGAAUCGUCGAAAGCAGAAUCAUGACGCAUAUCUGCAAUUAAAACUACGAACAGAUCACUUGUCUCAAGUUGUCUCACAACAUGCUAUGGAUGUCACACAGCAAGUUGUUCUGCGACAAAAUAUCGAAAGAAAGAAAAUGAUUGCUCAUAUGAAAGAUGUAACCUCUAAUGAUUUGAGUGUUCGCAAACAAUGGGCAAAUUUAUUAGAACAAUUAGCUCAUGAACGCGCUGUUUGGUAUGAUGAAUCAAGAUAUCCCAAAUCAUGGCAACUUGAUGCAACAGAAGGUCCUAACAGAGAACGUCGACGACUCCAAAGAUGUCAUCUCAAUAUUGACGAGAGAUUUAUGAUGAAAAAAACUGAGAAAACUAAAAACCGAGAAAUAGAAAGAAAAAGAAAUCUUCAGGAAAAAAUUCGGGAAAUGGUCGAGAAUUCUCCAAAUUAUGAAAAGGACGAAAAUCUCACUAUUACUCAUGAAGAGACAAACGAGAGUGAAAAAUUGAUGUGCAAGAGGCCUCUAUCUUUCCUGUUUGAUGAUGACUCGAAUUCUUCAGAUUCAAAAACAAUUAGAACAAGACUUCAAACAAAUGAAAGAAUAUCCGUCGUUCAAAGCUGCACAAAUGUUACACCAUCAUCCGAAACUCCUGGUGAAAUACUAAUUGGAGAAUCAAAUAUGUAUUUUGUUGGUAAUGAAGUCAUAACAGACCUAUCACUGACACAGGCGCUUUUUGGAGAAUGUGAAGUUCUAGUGUUGUCAUGGAGACACGAAGAAGUUGCAGAAGUUCAUAAACGUUGGUGGCAACUACGUGAUAUUGCUAUCGAAAUAUUUUUAACAAACGGAAAAACUUAUCUUUUUGCCUUCAAGAGUGCAAUGGAAAGAGACAUCAUCGACAAAAAGUUAAAAGCUCUGAGUCUGCCAAACAUGCUCGUUCAAGACAACGAUUUAAGUAGUUUAACUCAGAUGUGGAGAAACGGUCAAAUAACAAAUUUUGAAUAUUUGACGCAUUUAAACAAAACAGCUGGUAGAUCUUUCAAUGAUUUAAUGCAAUAUCCUGUCAUGCCUUUCGUUCUUGCCGAUUAUACAUCAGCCAUAUUGGAUUUGAACAACGUAGAAUCAUUCAGAAAUCUCCUGCGACCAAUUUCUGUACCCGAUGACAUUCGAAAAAAACAUUAUCAAGAUAGAUACGAGAUAUUGUCUGAAGAUUAUAAUAACUGCACUGAUGAUGAACGAGAAAUGAAAACCCCACCCUCACACUACGGUUCACAUUAUUCCAACAGCGGCACUGUGCUACAUUUCCUCGUUCGUGUACCUCCGUACACUCAAAUGUUUCUCGAAUAUCAAGAUGCAUCAUUCGACAUACCUGACAGAACAUUUCAUUCCAUGGAAACAACCUUCAGAUUGUCUUCGUAUUCGUCAACAACUGAUGUCAAAGAACUUACACCUGAAUUUUUCUUCUUACCAGAAUUUUUAUGCAAUUUAGAAGGUUUUGAUUUUGGCAUCAGACAAUGUGGUCUUAGAGUAAAUCAUGUUACUCUGCCGUCUUGGUCUAAAGCGGAUCCAAGAUUAUUUAUCCUUAUCCAUAGACAGGCAUUGGAAAGUGACUAUGUAUCAGCUAAUCUACACGGAUGGAUUGAUCUUGUGUUUGGUUAUAAACAAAGAGGAAAAGAAGCAAUUGAUGCUAUUAAUGUCUUUCAUCCUGCAACGUAUUUUGGAAUGGAUGUCAGCCAAGUCGAAGAUCCAGUCAAGCGGAAAGCUUUAGAAACAAUGAUAAAAACAUACGGACAAACUCCGAAACAACUAUUUAUGUCUCCACAUCCUCCGAAAAAUAUCAAAACAGAAAUGAAAGACCAGGUCCCACAAGGAUUGGCAAAUAACGGGUCACGUCGUUCAUCUUUAGUUCCACCUGGCCGUUCGACUCCUUCAAGACAAAUAUCUGUAAAAAGUGAUAAGAAUAGAUCAUCUAUUAUCAGUAUUGAUAAGGAUACCAAAGCAGAACACUCGAAAGUGAUAACACCACAGAGACCACUUGCCAGCGUUCUUGGUUUAAAAUGGGGUCAUUAUUUGGGUUCACCUUCUGCUCCAGAACCUGUUGUGUUUCUAAACAAACCCUUAUCCGAACCAGUUGGUAGUUUGAUACCCCUACAAACAAACGAUGUUUGUGCUUUAUCACCAAAAAUGGGAUUGCUCGUUAUUUAUAACAAAGAGAGAGAGGUGCGUUCGUACAAGACGAUUGAUAUUAAAUGGUCUGCUCUCCUUACUUAUGGACACCCAGACAACGUUGUUAGACUAAAAAUGAAGAAAUCACUUCCCGACAUUAAUUUGUUUCGAACACCUGCAGAUGACAGAGUAACUUGCUGCUCUGUAGCCCCAGAUUGUCGAGCCAUCGUACUCGGACAUAGAACUGGCGCAAUUAUUGUAAACAAGUGCAAUCCUUUACCUGACAAGGCAUUUGAUUUGGAGUUUCAACGCAGUACAACGCUUUAUGGCCAUUUUGGUGAAAUUACUUGUCUUGUCACAUGCGGAGAAUUUCGCAUUCUUGCCAGCGGAUCUAAAGAUGGAACUGUCGUAUUAUGGGAUCUGGAUGCAUUAACAUACAUUCGUUCAUUAACUGGACAUGCUACAUCUGUCUCUUCUCUGGCUGUCAGUAGAACUUCUGGUGAUGUUUGUACAGUGUGUGAUUCAGGAAACAAUGAAGGCAGUCAUAUACGUUUAUGGACAAUAAAUGGUAGCUUACUUGCUGCCCAGGAUACUAAACAAAGAGUUGGUUGCGUUUCAUUCAGCUCUGCCCCAGAAGGAAUAUCUGUAAACGUCGUAGCUGGAGGGAUGUCAAAUGGCGUUAUUAGAUUAUGGUCAUCAUGGGACCUGACCCCGAUUCAAGAUAUUUCGACACCGGGGGUGGAUAAACCAAUUUCAUGCAUAACAUACACCCACAACAGUGAAGUGCUCUAUGCUGCUACAUGUGAUGGAUAUGUUCUAGCUUGGUGUUUCAAAGACAAAAUGGAAGACAAAAAACCCAUUCUCAUAUCGUUUUUAAAUGUGGGAGAAAGAAGCUGAUAACCAAUGUAAAUUUACUCAUUUUUUUCUUUUUUCCAUUUCUGCCUUUUUCUUUUCAUAUCCUGUUUCUCUCUCCUAUGCUCUCGUUUUUUUGCGCUUUUUUGACGAUUGUUUAAAGUUAAUGGCUGUGCGACAUAAAUUGGCACCAAGCCAUGUCAAUUUGCUUGGCCCCUAUUUAUUGAUUGCAUGAUCCAUUAUUAUUAACCAUGUUUAUAUUCUGUAUUAUUUCAUGAUUACUAUUGUUUACUUUUUUUUUAAACUUUGAUCAACUAAACUUAAAUAUCCAACUCAUUUUUGAAAUGAAACCCCUAUUGCUUAACAAUCCCCAUAUUCAUUGCCUGUGAUGAUAUAUUGCAGUAAUAUUAGUUUCAAGAUGUAUGCAAGAUUUUUGAAAGAAUGUUUUUACGUGUAGACAUAGAUUGCCCACAAAGAAUCACUAGCCUUUGUUGACUGUACUAUACCUAUUGCUGUAUUGAAUAUUCAAAACAUUGAAAAGCUGUGAAUCUGCCUUAAUUAAUAUGUGAAUUGCAUUGUGAUGCAUUUAAAAAACGACAUUGAAUUCUGUUAUUGGACGAAUUGCCACAGGAGUUUGGGCAAUUUAGAUUGAAGUUCAAAAUUUUUGAUAGUGUAAGUGCUUUUUUUCUUGAGAAUCCACUUAAUUGGAAUUUGGAAUUAUUGUUAUUUUUGUUGAAGCUUGCCGUUUUUGCAUAAUUUUAUAGUUCAUGUCAUACUAUGCCUAUCUAACUCACCAUAUUUGGUGUAUGAAUCAUAAUAAUGGCCCUAAACAAUACUGACACUUCAAUACUGAAGCAGUUUUCUCUCAUAUUAUCAGUCUCUUAGGAUAUGUACUUGGUUCUUAUGUGCUCUACAGUCAAUAGUUAAUCUAGAUCAGUGGUUACCAAGGUUAAUUGACCGGGGCAAGGGGGCUGAUGUCGGUACCAGUACGUAUAAUUAAGAUACCGCUAUAAUUGAAUUGUUACGAAUAUACACAUGCUUGAAUUGUGAUAAUGACGUAACAAUUCGAGGUAUCUAGACCAGUUCUCUUCAACCUUUUUGUUAUUGUGGAACCCCUGAUAUCAUUUUUCGUUUUUUAUGGAACCCCAAAUAACAAAAAUAAAACACGAAAUAUUUGUAAUUCAAAUAUUUCCACCUCAACAACGAAACAGAAAGAAGGUAACAAUCGUGAAAUUCAAUGACCAGGUUGUUCUUGCAUUUUCUUUGCAAUCUUCUUGAAUCGUGGCUCCAAGGCGCUCAAAGCAAUUCUCAUACUCAUGUCUACACUCUUUAAUAGUUGUUAAAGCAGAAAAUGCUGAUUUACACAAAUAGAUAUUGGGAAAUUGACACAAAGUUUUAUUGCAUUUUUGCAAUUGCUGUACCCUCCU